CUGAUGCAGCGCCGGCUGAGGGCCAUGAUGGCCGAGGAGGGUUCUGGCUGCCCGGUGCCCCGCCUGCCCUGGGCGUCCAUCCAGAAGGUCGCUCUGGCGGGCGCUGUGGUAGUUGUGAUUUUCCUCUGCACCCAGCGCCUCGCGCAGCCGCGGCAGCUCGAGUCACCUGGGUGGGACAUGGCUGAGCUCCAGCUGAACCACACAGGACGGCGGCAGGACUGCAGGCUGCACUGGCUGGGAGGCCCAGCCCUGGGCCGCUCCUUCGUGCACGGACCGGAGCUGGACAACGGGCAGCUGCGUGUCCAGCGCAGUGGCAUCUAUAGGCUGCACAUCCAAGUGACACUGGCCAACUGCUCAUCCUCCCUGCGGGCCACCACGCCCCCCAGGGCCACCCUGACAGUGGACAUCUGCUCCCCAGCGGCCCACAGCAUCAGCCUGCUGCGCCUCAACUUCCACAAAGGCUGUGUGGUCACCUCCCAGCGCCUGACACCGUUGGCCCAAGGGGACACGCUCUGCACCAACCUCACCCUACCUCUGCUGCCGUCCCCAAACACUGAUGAGACCUUUUUUGGGGUUCAGUGGGUGCACCCCUAACUAUUGCACCUCGGCCCAGAUCCGUUGGGAGGGUGUG